CCAUGCACAAUCAGUCCACCGCUUCCACGCCUGGCUGGAGAAGGAGGUCCAGCACUCUGCGUACCACACCAGUCAUGGUACACACACACCAAAUCCACCUAAUACACAGCGGAAAACGGACUAGAAAAAGCCACCGGGUCCCAGAAAAAACGGGCCACGUGAGCAAAAUAUGGUACAUGUCGCACACAGUGAAGAGAGAAGGCGGCCAAUACACACACACACACCCACACACACCCACACACACACACACAUGCACCACAGAACCAACUACGGAACAAGUCGCUCAUCCACCAGCGUCCCCUCAAACAAAUGUUAUUGCCUCCACCACGUCUGCUUUGAAUUCACACUCGCCGCCAAGCCAGGCGUGUCGAUCUUCAUCUCUCUUGCCACUGUAUCCCUCAGGGACACAAUCUCUGUGGAAAGACUGGCGGCACCAGCGUACGUCGGAGCUGUGCCAACCAAGGAUCAACGACCUUCCCUUCAAGUUGACUCUAAAUUUCCACUUCUCGUUGCUUGCCUCCAUUCCGAGCACUGUCACCUUUGCUGAUUCUCCGUCUGUCUUGAAUUCCGUGAGUUUGUCGAAGCCAUGGCCGCAGAGAGAGAAGACUCGCACCGGGCGAUCAACCGUCACCGUCUCCGUACGGACGGGUGGGAUGGUGCCGUCAAUCAAGUAUGCGAAUCCAUAAGGGCCCUUGCGGGUGAGCAGCAGCAGGUUCUCGGCAUUCUCGACUUGCUGAAGGAAGCGCGCAUAAUCAUGGUUGUCCCUCGCCGAACUGAUUGGAUACACAGGCACACGCACACACACACACACACAUACGUGGUGUGGUUACGUCAGUCGCUCGCGAGGCUUCGCCCUUACCUGUACACUGAUCGGAGGGCCUCGACCUUCUUGCCAGCCAUGGCCGCGACCUCCGAUAAUUGCGCCGGCGAUGCGACGUGAGAAGGACAGAGCUGGAGCGAUGUCAGUGUGACUUGGAGUGAUGGCUGGAGGGCCCCAGGCACAUGAGGAGGCUCGACCACACUGCCGGGGAGCGACAGGCGAAUCCGACGCAGAAAGUCCACAGCGAGAUGGAAGUGCUCUGGCGACGUCUUGAGUGUCGUGCCGCCCCCCACUCUACGCACACAGAAGCGUUUAAUGCUGUGUGUGUGUCUUGGCAACCUCUUCUCUCCAUCUCCCUAUAUAUGUCACUUGCCUGUCAUUGAAGAUCUCGCGGAUGGAAUCACUGCUUGUCGGCUGAUCGAGCGUCACCUGCAGUGAGGCCUCUCUGUGCGAUCGCACGCACACACUCUUGACAGACCCCUUAUCCUCGCCAGUGCGCAGCAGACCCCCAAUCUCCGUGUAGAAGCGCUCCACGUCCUCGAGUGCCUUGGCCGCAUCCAUGAUGCCCGCCGACCCAUCACCCAGCAGCCGAUUCUUGAUGAGCUUGUCAUGGUAGAAGCGGAUUGACACCUUGCUCCUCUCCUCAUCAGUGAGCUCGUCGAUGAAUUUCCCUUCCUGCUGGGCUACAGCCACACGAUCCUCGAGCCAGGUGCCGAAAAUGCGCGAUGCGUCGAGGAAGGGCAGCUGGCGGCCGUCCUCCAUGGUGAUGCGGGGGAGGGCACUCAUGUGGCGCAGCAGCAGGUGGGCCAGGUAGGUGUUGGCCAGGUCAGGCAGCGCCAGGGCAUCUGGUGCCAGGAUGACUGUGCGGCCGCCCACAUUGAGAUGGAUAUCGCCAGCCUUGAGGACUUGCGAGGCUUCAAUGUCAGUGAACAGAGUGCCGCCGUGCCGGCGGACCGUCUCGUGGAUGGCAUCAAUCGUCGCCUGGAAGUCGCUGGCGUGCGUCUUGACGACGUGACAUGGUGUCCCUUCUUCUGUUGCCGCUGUGUCCGGCGGAGUCUCCGUUGUGCUGCCCUCCGUUGACGCCUCUCGUUGGGAAGUGGGCGUAUCAUCGCGAGCCUGCAUACACAUGCAGGUUGCUGCAACUCUCCGUUUAUGGAGGUGACUGAAUGAAUCAACUGACCUGUUGAGUAGCCUCCUCAAUCUGUUGAACUUUGAGCUGCAGAGCGGCAACGGUCGUCUUCAGCUCCUCAAGAGUCCCUCGCUGGUCGCCAGGCUGCAGGAAGCAAGAUGCAAUAGCUGCACACGCGCGCUGGUCCAGGAGGGAUUGAAUGCUGUCUCGUACAGCGCCCAGCUCCUCGCGUACCUGACCCAGCUAAAACACACCCAAGCUGGUCGCUCCCCCGGUGCGCCUGAGCUGCCUACCUCUGCAGUGGUUUUGUUGAGUUUGGCAUCGGUGUCUCUGAUCCUCUUCUUGAGUGAUGUGAUGCUGUCCGAGCUGGUGACCCUCUCGCGGUUAGCUAUGCCCGCAGCUACACGGGAGGGAUACGAACCACCCUGAAUGAAGAAACACACCAUUGAGAUGUUACUGCUUGCACAGUGGACAUAACCUGCUGGGCGGCGGUUCUUGUGUCCUCGGAAGGGCCUGCCACACGCACACGAGCGUGCAGAGGAUCGUGGACCGGUUCAGCUGCUGUGGAGAGUGCUGUGCACGCCUAACGUACCUUUUGUCCCUGUGGCGAUGCAGCGCACGGCCGUUUGUGUGAGGCUGCCACUCGUCAGAACGACAGAAGGCCGUACGCCAACGACUGCAUGAAGCACAUCUGUCUGCCUAUCAGUAUGCAGCUGCAUUACUGCCCGCGGUGACUUACCAUGUUGCACAGCUGCCAGCCCUCCUCGGGCAAGGGCAGAGCGCAGCGCAGCAACGCGCGAGAGCAUCGCGGCCCCGUCCUUAGCGAAGAUCUCUGCGUUUGAUGACUCAGAUCUGACUCAACACCAGCGAAGAACACCGUGACAUUGGCUCCAGGGUUUGAG